CUUCUCCAAGCAUUUCGGUAUGGGUAAGCACUUGACCUGUUCCAUCACAUAGCACGUGAUCCCAGCCACGCAACUAAAUGCCCAAUCAGCGUUGCGUGUCAGCUUAGUGAUGCCGCCGCAACCCGUUGCCAGUGGAGGCUGCCCAUCAACCCGCCCGCCAGACGCGCCCUCCCUCUCUUCCUCUUGUUUCCCUUCCCUUGCGAAAACCACACCAUCGCAACCUACCCAACCACCCCUCUCCAACCCUCGGACCUGGUGGAUUAUUCUACAUCCCGACUCACACGAUAACCCUCACUAUCAGAUAUUGCGCCCUUCUUUUUUCGUUUCUAGAUUAACAGCCCCUUUCGGCCUUAGGGAAGAAAGCAUCAGUCGCCGAUAUUUUCGUUUUCUGGAUACACCGCGUCGUCGCAUUUGGGUUGCUAGGGAUUUCCCACGAACCACCCCGCAUUAGGCGGGCUUAUACCUUUAAGAAUAAUCGAUUUUGAUAUCUUCCCAUCAAACAUUGUGACACCAUGUUCUAUUCGGAGACACUUCUGUCAAAAACGGGGCCGCUGGCCCGGGUUUGGUUAUCGGCCAACUUGGAGCGCAAACUUUCCAAAUCGCAUAUUUUACAGUCGGAUAUCGAGAGUAGUGUCAGUGCCAUUGUCGACCAAGGACAGGCCCCCAUGGCUUUGCGAUUGAGCGGUCAGUUGUUGCUGGGUGUGGUCCGGAUCUAUAGCCGAAAGGCACGCUACCUUUUGGAUGACUGCAAUGAGGCUCUUAUGAAAAUUAAGAUGGCUUUCCGCUUGACCAAUAACAAUGACCUGACAACUACUGUUGUUGCUCCAGGUGGUAUCACUUUACCAGAUGUGCUUACGGAAUCUGACCUUUUCAUGAAUUUGGAUUCUUCUUUGCUCUUACCCCAGCCCCUCAAUUUUGAACCCGAGGGAAAGCGCCCUGGAACAUCGAUGGAUUUUGGAAGCCAGCUUUUCCCAGACAGCAGUCUUCGACGCUCUGUGUCCCAAGAGCCUGCACGCCUCGAAGACCAUACCUUGGUAGACCUUGAUUUGGGAGAGGAUGAUACACCUCUGGGCCAUGACUUCAGCAUGGAAGUUGGUCGAGAUGCGCCGGCACCUCGCCCCGUCGAGGAAGAUCUUUUCAGCGAUGCUGGCAAGUUCAACGAUGUUGAUUUGCCUUUGGACCUCGGUGAGGAUGAUGCACCCUUGGAUAAGAUGGACUUGGGCAAUGAGGGCCCACAAGACACAUUUCUGCAGGCAGACUACACAGCCAUGGACCUUGGCGAUGAUGGAGAAUUAGCAUUCGAUGCCGAGGAGCGCAGAUCUGAACGCGAUUCUAAUACCCCUCUUUCGGUAAUGCCAGACGAAGACAUGGAUAAACUCCAACAAGAGCAAGACGAGGACCAGGAGCAGGAUGAGGGAGAGGGUGAGGCAGGGGACGACACGGGUGUCCAACACUUGCAGCGCGCGAAGCGACGGAAGGUUAUGGUCACGGAGUUUGAUUCGGAAAUUGAUUACAAAGCUCAUAUCAUUAAGGGGUUGCAAGCGGAUCGCUCCGCUAUACUGAAGCCGACAUCCUUCCUGCCCCGUGAUCCUAUCUUGCUCACUCUCAUGAACAUGCAAAAGAAUGGCGACUUUGUGACGAAUGUGCUGGGAGAAGGUCGCGGCCGUGGCUGGGCUCCAGAGCUUCGUGACUUGCUCUCCUUCGAUGCUAUAAAGAAGGCCGGUGAGCUGAAAAGGAAGCGUGAUAGCGGAAUUGCAGACAUGGAUAUUGAAGCGGCCACCGCCCCCGCUUUGGAAUUGGGCGAAGAAGAAGAAGCUAUCUUGCCGGUCGAUGAAGGUGUUGGUCUUGACCCGGCGCUUCACCAGCGGUCCGAGAUUGAAUUCCCUGGCGACGAAGAGGACCAGGAUUUGCACCUGAGUGAUGAUGAGGGUAUGAACCAUCCCCUGGAAGACCUCGAUGAGGCAAUCCAGCCUGCGGACAGUGGCCCUGUCUCUCUUGGUACCAAGCAUGCAGUUCACAUUCUCCGUGACCGUCUGGGUGAAUUUUCACCGGAACAGAAGAAGAGCGUGAAGUUCCAGGAUAUUCUACCGGAGCGUAAAGCUUCCAAGGCUGAUGCGACGAAGAUGUUCUUUGAGGUCUUGGUUUUGGCCACCAAAGAUGCUGUUCAGGUUGAGCAACGCCCUGAUACCGUUGGCGGGCCUCUUAAAAUCCGUGGUAAACGUGCUCUCUGGGGCUCAUGGGCCGAAGAGAGCGCCAACGGUGAAGUCGGCAACCAGUCUUCUCAAGUGGUGUCUUAGAUACUUAUCGGGCCCAUGGGGUGUGAAAUGUCUUUCCUUGUACAGGUAGUUUAGUCCGAGUGUCUUGUUCCUUUUUUGUUUCCUUUUUGGCUGGGUUUACCUGGAAGGCUUGUUAACUGAAUGCGGGUUAUUAUUCAUGUAAUGAAACAAGGGUGUUUUGGAGUUGUCCGUGGGAUUGAAAAGGUGGCUAUUAAAUGACUGCUUGAUCCUCACUCUAGGGCUAGAGUUCUAGUUCCUGUGGGUGAGUUGCUCGGGACGAUGCGUAGUUUUGUUUUCCUUUUUAACAAGGGCUUAGGUAUAGAAGCGAACAAUUGAAUAUUAUAUGAUCCAUGACACCUAGGGCUGGACGGGAUAGAUAAGUCAAAUAUAAUAGUCGAAUAGGUAAGCUCACAUAGGGGUGACACAUGUGGUUCGGGGAGUUUUCCAUAGUAGAUCCGAUAUUAUAUUCCAAUCAGGGUACAAAUGCCCGCACGUACUUUCUAGUGAUAAAUACUUAUGUCUGUCCAAAUUUGUAUGGGUCUCUUGGAAUAGAAUUGAAUACACUUGUUGGUAAGGUCCCUCACAGGAAAAAAAGUGGGAGAGGUAAAGAGAGAGGAAGAGAG